AGUACAGCAAUGCAGUACUUUUCGUCUGCACCACACCCCUCAAUCGUCACAAGCUCAUUGUGGUGCAAGUCAAGAGUAGUGAACGUAUCAGAUGUUAGUUCAUAGUGAAGAGGUGUCUGCAGAAGUUAAUGAACAUUCCAAUAUGGAUCAAAUAACACCAAAGGAAGUGAAGAUACUGGAAACAGCUGAUGAUAUACAGGAGCGUAGAGAGCAAGUAUUGAAUCGAUAUGGAGAUUUCAAGUCAGAAGCAAGAGCGAAAAGGGAGAAGUUGGAGGAUUCACGACGUUUCCAGUACUUUAAACGAGAUGCAGACGAACUCGAAUCUUGGAUAUAUGAGAAACUACAAGCAGCUUCAGAUGAGAGUUACAAAGAUCCAACCAAUUUGCAAGCGAAAAUUCAGAAACAUCAAGCUUUUGAAGCUGAGGUUGCUGCCCACAGUAAUGCUAUUGUAGUAUUGGAUAAUACUGGAAUGGAAAUGAUCAAUCAGGCUCAUUUUGCUUCUGACAUCAUUCGCAGGAGGCUUGAGGAGCUUCAUCGUCUCUGGGAGUUGCUUUUAUCCAAGCUAGCAGAGAAGGGAAUGAAGCUGCAGCAAGCUCUUGUUCUGGUACAGUUUUUACGCCAGUGUGAUGAAGUUAUGUUCUGGAUUAAUGAUAAGGAAACAUUUGUCACCACUGAUGAAUUUGGACAUGAUUUGGAGCAUGUAGAGGUGCUUCAGCGCAAAUUUGAUGAGUUCCAAAAGGACAUGGUAUCGCAGGAAUAUCGAGUGACUGAAGUGAAUGAAUUGGCCGAUAAACUGGUGGUAGAAGGUCAUCCAGAACGUGACACUAUUUUGCGUCGUAAAGAGGAAUUGAAUGAGGCAUGGAUGCGACUGAAACAGUUGGCUUUGAUGCGACAAGAAAAACUGUUUGGAGCUCAUGAGAUUCAGCGUUUCAACCGUGAUGCAGACGAGACCGUUGCAUGGAUUUCUGAGAAAGAUGUUGUGUUGUCGUCAGAUGAUUAUGGUCGAGAUCUGGCCAGUGUGCAGACUCUUCAGCGUAAACAUGAAGGUGUAGAGAGAGAUUUGGCAGCCUUGGAAGAUAAAGUGGCAACUUUGGGGCAAGAAGCUGACAGACUGUGUGGGAUACAUGCUGACCAUGCUGAUCAGAUUCAGGCAAAACGAGCUGAAAUUGUUGAAUAUUGGGAGAGUCUUACUACAAAAGCCAAGGAACGUAGACAGAAGCUGGAUGAAUCAUAUUAUCUACAUCGUUUUCUGGCUGACUUUCGUGACCUUAUAUCCUGGAUCAAUGACAUGAAGGCAAUCAUUUCUGCAGAUGAACUUGCUAAGGACGUGGCUGGUGCAGAAGCACUGUUAGAACGUCACCAAGAACAUAAAGGUGAAAUUGAUGCACGUGAAGACAGCUUUCGUGCCACAGCUGAAGCUGGACAGUUGCUGUUAGGUAGAGAACAUUAUGCAUCAGAGGAAGUGAAGGAAAAACUUGUGGUUCUUGCCUCAGAGAAAACAUCACUGCUCUCAAUGUGGGAAGAACGCCGGAUCUUGUAUGAGCAGUGUAUGGAUCUGCAGCUUUUCUAUCGAGACACAGAACAAGCUGAUACUUGGAUGGCUAAGCAAGAGGCAUUCUUGGCCAAUGAAGAUCUUGGUGACUCCUUGGAUUCUGUUGAAGCUCUUAUUAAGAAACAUGAAGAUUUUGAAAAAUCUCUAGCUGCUCAAGAAGAGAAGAUUAAAGCAUUGGAUGAGUUUGCAACUAAGCUGAUAGAAGGCCAGCACUAUGCAGCUGAUGAUGUGGCACAGCGUAGAGCUAUGUUGCUUGAGCGUCGAAAUGCACUUCUGGAGAAGUCUGCCCUUCGUCGAGCAAUUCUAGAUGAUUCCUAUCGCUUACAACAAUUUGAGAGAGAUUGUGAUGAGACCAAGGGCUGGAUCAAUGAAAAGCUAAAAUUUGCUACAGAUGACAGCUAUCUUGAUCCAACAAAUUUGAAUGGGAAGGUUCAGAAACACCAGAACUUUGAGCAGGAGCUGAAUGCAAACAAAACUCGCAUGGAAGAUAUAACUUCAACUGGGCAAGAACUCAUUGAAGGCAAUCAUUAUGCAGCAGAUCGAAUCCAGGCUCGUAUGGAUGAGAUUGUUCAGUUGUGGGAGACGCUGGUCGUGGCAACCGACAAGAAGGGCUCUAAGUUGCAAGAAGCAUCCCAGCAACAGCAGUUUAAUCGAACAGUGGAGGAUGUUGAAUUGUGGUUGUCAGAAAUAGAGGGCCAGCUUAUGAGUGAGGAUUAUGGAAAGGACUUAACUAGUGUGCAGAAUCUUCAGAAGAAGCAUGCUUUACUUGAAGCUGAUGUUGGAUCUCACCAAGAUCGUAUAGAGGGAAUUAGAGUGGCAGCAAUUCAGUUUGUAGAACGUGGUCACUUUGAUGCUGAUAACAUUAAAUCAAAAGAGGUUGCCUUGACGGAGCGCUACUCUGCACUUCAGCGACCCAUGAAUAUUCGCAAGCAGCGUCUGUUAGAUUCUCUUCAAGUGCAGCAGCUAUUCCGUGACAUUGAAGAUGAAGAAGCAUGGAUAAGAGAAAAGGAGCCUGUAGCAGCAUCAACCAAUAGAGGCCGUGAUCUGAUUGGAGUACAGAAUCUGAUCAAGAAACACCAAGCUGUGUUAGCAGAGAUAAAUAAUCAUGAAAACCGGAUUGCAGCAGUCUGUCAGUCAGGCCAGCAAAUGCUUGAUGAUGGACACUUUGCUAGUGAGGAAAUAAAACAAAGAGUUGGCAUUCUUAAUGAUCAUUGGACACAACUCAAAGAGAAAGCUCUGCAGCGGAAACAAGACCUGGAAGAUUCAUUGCAAGCACACCAGUAUUUUGCUGAUGCAAAUGAAGCUGAGUCGUGGAUGAAGGAAAAGGAACCAAUUGUAUGCAAUACAGAUUAUGGGAAGGAUGAGGAUUCAAGUGAAGCGCUGCUUAAGAAGCAUGAGGCUCUUGUAUCAGAUCUGGAGGCAUUUGGCAACACCAUUUCUGCCCUGAGGGAACAAGCACAAUCUUGUAGACAACAAGAGACACCAGUCAUCGAUGUGUCGGGCAAGGAGUGUGUGAUGGCGCUAUAUGAUUAUACAGAGAAGUCACCUCGUGAAGUUUCUAUGAAAAAGGGGGAUGUUCUGACCCUUCUGAAUUCAAACAACAAGGACUGGUGGAAAGUUGAAGUAAAUGAUCGUCAAGGUUUUGUACCUGCUGCAUAUGUGAAGAAGAUAGAAGCAGGCCUGUCAGCAUCACAACAGAACUUGGCUGACAAGAACUCUAUAGCAGCCAGGCAGAACCAAAUCCAAGCUCAGUAUGAUCAGUUGCUGGCCCUUGCCAGAGAGAGGCAGAACAAGCUCAACGAGACUGUCAAAGCAUAUGUGCUGGUUCGUGAAGCUGCAGAGCUUGCCACAUGGAUUAAAGAUAAGGAGAAUUAUGCUGAGGUUCAGGUGGCCGAUGUGGGUGAAGACUUGGAGCAAGUAGAGGUGAUGCAGAAGAAGUUUGAUGAUUUCCAGGCUGACCUUAAAGCUAAUGAAGUUCGCCUUGCUGAAAUGAAUGAGAUUGCUAUGCAGCUGAUGAGUCUUGGUCAAACCGAGGCUGCUCUCAAGAUUCAGACACAGAUAGAAGAUCUGAACCAGAAAUGGACAUCACUGCAGCAGCUUACGUCAGAACGUGCCACUCAGUUGGGUUCUGCCCACGAAGUUCAGCGGUUCCAUCGUGAUGUUGAUGAAACUAAAGACUGGAUUCAGGAGAAGGAUGAAGCUUUGAACAAUGAUGACCUCGGCAAGGACCUGCGUAGUGUUCAAGCUCUGCAGCGCAAGCAUGAGGGGCUUGAAAGGGAUUUGGCAGCAUUGGGAGAUAAGAUUCGACAGUUGGAUGAAACUGCCAACCGACUAAUGCAGACACAUCCUGAAACUUCUGACCAAACGUAUGCUAAACAGAAGGAGAUCAAUGAGGAAUGGACACAAUUGACUGCCAAGGCCAACAGUCGUAAGGAGAAGUUGCUGGAUUCAUAUGACCUGCAGCGUUUCCUCAGUGACUACCGUGAUCUCAUGUCAUGGAUCAAUAGUAUGAUGGGGCUGGUGUCUAGUGAUGAGCUGGCUAAUGAUGUAACAGGGGCUGAGGCUUUACUUGAGAGACAUCAGAACCACCGAGCAGAGAUAGAUGCCCACUAUGGGGUUCCACAGGAACAUCGCACUGAAAUUGAUGCACGUGCUGGGACAUUCCAAGCUUUUGAACUUUUUGGCCAACAGCUCUUGCAGUCUGGUCAUUAUGCCAGUGUUGAGAUCCAAGAAAAGUUGGAGAGUAUGACUGAAGCACGACAGGAACUUGAAAAGGCCUGGAUUGCUCGUCGUAUGCAGCUUGACCAAUGUCUGGAGUUGCAGCUCUUCUACAGAGAUUGUGAGCAGGCAGAAAACUGGAUGUCAGCCCGUGAAGCUUUUCUGCAGGCUGAAGAAGUGGACUCUAAAGGGGAUAACGUUGAGGCACUUAUCAAGAAGCAUGAAGACUUUGACAAAGCCAUCAAUGCCCAUGAAGAGAAAAUCGCAGCUCUACAAACACUGUCUGACCAGCUAAUAGCAGCAGAACAUUAUGCAUCACAACCAAUUGAUGAAAAGCGACGCCAGGUAUUGGACAGAUGGCGCCACUUGAAGGAGGCACUAAUAGAGAAGCGUUCUCGCCUUGGUGAGUCACAGACUCUUCAGCAAUUCAGCCGAGAUGCAGAUGAGAUGGAGAAUUGGAUUGCAGAGAAAUUGCAGUUAGCAACUGAGGAGAGCUACAAGGAUCCAGCAAAUAUUCAAUCCAAACACCAGAAACAUCAAGCCUUUGAAGCUGAGCUAGCAGCUAAUGCGGAUAGAAUUCAGAGUGUGCUAGCUAUGGGCCAAAACCUGAUUGAUAAGCAUCAGUGUGCAGGUUCUGAGGAGGCAGUUCAGGCGCGACUUGCAUCAAUUGCUGACCAGUGGGAGUACCUCACUCAGAAGACAACUGAGAAGACUGUUAAGCUGAAGGAAGCAAACAAACAACGUACUUAUAUAGCUGCAGUUAAGGAUUUGGACUUCUGGUUGGGAGAAGUUGAGUCCCUUCUCACAUCUGAAGAUUCUGGUAAAGACCUUGCAUCAGUGCAGAAUCUUAUCAAGAAACAUCAACUGGUUGAGGCAGACAUCCAAGCCCAUGAUGAUCGCAUCAAAGAUAUGAAUGCUCAAGCAGAUUCACUGAUUGAGAGUGGUCAGUUUGAUACUGCAAGCAUUCAAGAGAAGCGCCAGUCAAUCAAUGAACGAUAUGAAAGAAUUAAGAAUUUGGCAGCUCACCGUCAGGCAAGACUGAAUGAAGCUAAUACUCUGCAUCAGUUCUUCCGUGACAUUGCUGAUGAGGAGUCAUGGAUCAAAGAAAAGAAAUUAUUGGUGGGUUCUGAUGACUAUGGACGAGAUCUGACAGGUGUUCAGAACCUAAAGAAAAAACAUAAACGACUCGAGACUGAAUUGGCAUCACAUGAGCCAGCUAUCCAGGCUGUACAAGAGGCAGCAGAGAAGCUGAUGGAUGUCUCCAAUCUUGGUGUUCCAGAAAUUGAACAGCGCCUGAAACUUCUGAACCAGGCAUGGGCAGAGCUGAAACAGAUGGCAGCCACUCGAGGUCAGAAACUGGAUGAGUCACUCACCUAUCAGCAGUUCUUGGCCAAGGUUGAGGAAGAGGAAGCUUGGAUCAGUGAGAAGCAGCAGCUGCUCUCUGUAGAGGAUUAUGGUGAUACCAUGGCAGCAGUGCAAGGUUUGCUGAAGAAGCAUGAUGCCUUUGAAACAGACUUUGCUGCUCAUCGUGACCGAUGUACUGAUAUCUGUAGUGCUGGUGAGAAACUAAUAGCAGAUGGUAAUCAUCAUUCUGACAGCAUUGCCCAGCGUUGCCAGCAACUGCAGAACAAGCUGGACCAUCUGGCAGCACUAGCUGCACGUAGGAAGGCCAAGCUUAUGGACAAUUCUGCAUACCUACAGUUUAUGUGGAAAGCAGAUGUUGUCGAGUCCUGGAUUGCAGACAAAGAAACUCAUGUUCGUUCUGAAGAAUUUGGCCGUGAUUUGUCCACUGUUCAGACUCUCCUCACAAAGCAGGAGACAUUUGAUGCAGGUCUCCAUGCUUUUGAACAUGAAGGUAUUCAGAACAUCACAUUGCUGAAGGAUCAAUUGGUUACAGCUAGCCAUGACCAGACACCAGCAAUACUUAAGAGACAUGCUGAUGUUAUUGCCAGGUGGCAGAAAUUGCUUGCUGAUUCAGAUGCUCGUAAGCAGCGUCUGCUGCGAAUGCAGGAACAGUUCCGCCAGAUUGAGGAACUAUAUCUGACAUUUGCCAAGAAGGCCUCAGCAUUCAACUCUUGGUUUGAGAAUGCAGAGGAGGAUCUGACAGAUCCAGUUAGAUGUAACUCUAUUGAAGAGAUAAGAGCUCUUCGGGAAGCUCAUGCCCAGUUCCAGGCCUCACUGUCAUCAGCUCAGGCCGACUUUGAAGCCCUGGCAGCUCUUGAUCAACAAAUCAAGAGUUUCAACGUGGGCCCAAAUCCUUACACUUGGUUUACCAUGGAGGCUUUAGAAGAUACUUGGCGGAACUUGCAGAAAAUUAUAAAGGAACGUGAUAUAGAAUUAGCAAAGGAAGCCCAACGCCAGGAAGAGAAUGACAAGUUGAGGAAGGAAUUUGCAAAGCAUGCAAAUGCUUUCCACCAAUGGCUAACAGAAACCAGGUAUCGACUUCUAGGCUGGGACGGAACAUCUAUGAUGGAAGGAUCAGGUUCUUUGGAACAGCAGCUGGAAGCUACCAAGCGUAAGGCAACUGAAGUACGUGCCCGUCGGUCAGACCUAAAGAAGAUUGAGGAUUUGGGUGCUAUUUUGGAGGAGCAUCUGAUUCUUGAUAAUCGCUAUACAGAGCACAGUACAGUGGGUCUGGCUCAGCAGUGGGACCAACUUGAUCAGCUUGGAAUGCGUAUGCAGCAUAAUCUGGAACAACAGAUACAGGCACGCAACCAGUCAGGAGUGAGCGAAGAUGCACUUAAAGAGUUCUCCAUGAUGUUCAAACACUUUGAUAAAGAUAAGAGUGGACGUCUGAACCAACAGGAAUUUAAGUCAUGUCUGCGAGCACUUGGCUAUGACUUACCAAUGGUAGAAGAAGGGCAACCAGAUCCAGAGUUUGAAGCUAUAUUAGAUGUAGUAGACCCUAACCGAGAUGGCUAUGUUUCAUUACAAGAGUAUAUGGCAUUUAUGAUCAGCAAGGAAACUGAGAAUGUGCAAAGCUCAGAAGAAAUUGAGAAUGCAUUCCGGGCAAUUACAGCAGGUGAUAGGCCAUACGUCACAAAAGAGGAGUUGUACGCGAACCUUACAAAGGAAAUGGCUGACUACUGUGUAGCACGUAUGAAGCCAUAUAUAGACUCCAAGACAGAGAGACCAAUUCCAGGUCAUAAUUUAUAUGAUUGA